UUUUAUAUUAAAAGUUAAAUCAGAAACCACGUUUUGCUGCACGCGAGCAUAUUCUUUAAAAAUCAAGUGACAAUGCCAGGAUGACUAUAGCAUUUUGCAUAGUUUUACAAAAAAAAUUUAUUGAUAAAUAACUUCAACAACACAGAAAAAGAUAAAAGUGGAAUAAUUUCAAAUGAACAGGAAAUUAUUUAUCAAAAGCUCAAUAAAAAUCCUCGGAGUAAUAUAAAAAACAAAUGUGGAUAUUUUAUCUUCUUUCAUUGAUCUGUUGGUGUGAACCACAAAAACUAAAAAACAAAACUGAACUAUGCGACGAGGUAGCAACGUUUAUACCAAGUUUUUGUUAUCAUUCAGAAGCACUUUACAACUGUGAAAAGUAUUGCGAAAAUAAAGUGUAUCGCCUAAACUGUGGAAAAGUUUCGAAAGAAAAAAGAUUUAGAAGAAUAAUUGGAGGCAGUCCAAGCGAAGAAGGACAAUGGCCUUGGCAUGUCAGUCUUCAAUAUCAAAGAAAACAUUUCUGUGGCGCUUCAAUACUAUCAAAGCGCUUUGUAAUAACAGCGGCACAUUGCGUAGAUAAAAGAUAUUUAACUGGCUCAGACGCGGUUGAAAACUUUCGAGUUCUGGUUAAUUCAAACACACAUAUACCUGAUGCAGCGAGCAAACUAGUAUCAAUAAAUAGAAUAGCUGUUCAUCAUGAUUACGAUGUAACACAACAUACAUGGAACAAAAGUGAAUAUUUUGUUGUCGUUAAAGCAGAUAUUGCAAUCUUAGAACUUGCAGAAGAUUUGGAUUUAUUGCAAGACUUUAUUAGUUCUAUAUGUUUGCCAGAUGUUUUAAAUCCAUUUGCUGAGGUAACAGAUUGUUAUAUAAUUGGUUGGGGACAUGUUAUUUUUAAUGACAGUAUAACAGAUCGGUUAAGACAUGCAAAAAUACCCACUGCUCCGUAUAACAUGUGCAAUGCUAAUAACUCAUUUGACAACAAUGUAGAGUCGUUUCACAGUAUAUGUGCAGGUUUUGCAAACGGCAGCAUCAGUCCAUGUAACUUUGACAGUGGUGGAGCAUUAGCUUGUAAAAAAAAUGGAUUGUGGUAUGAGCGAGGUAUCACAUCUAGCGGAUACAAAUGUGGUGGACCAAAUGCUUACAGUUUGUAUACGAAUAUAGUUUCUUUUGAAGAUUGGAUUAUUAAAACAAUAGUUAAUGAAAAUUAUAAAAUAUCUGCGCGAAACCCUACUUCGUACGAAAUAGAACGCUCAUCAAGAGCAAACGCAUUUAAACAUAAAUUUAUAGAAUUUUGUAUCUUAAAUAUAUUAUUAUAUAUAUAUAUAUAUAUAUUAGUUGUUAAAAGUGUAUCAUUUUAGGAAGUAGUUAAAUUUUAAA